UGUCGCAGGUGGCCUGUGUUAGUGACGGUGUGUGCUGUGGUAUGGGGUAAGAUGGGGGCGGGGCAUAGUGCGGAGGUCGAGGGCGGCGCGUACGCAUCCGACCCGCCGGCCCACGACCGCAGGAAAAGUUGUAGCAGAAGGCGAAGGCAUUCAGUGGACUCGGUCGCGUCGUAUUCUAGCCAGAAUCACGUUGACCGCAUAAGGACACAGAACUUCUCAGCGGCUUCUUGUCAAGACGAAGGCGACUUCGGAUCGAUUAAGACAAGCCUCUUCAGGCGCUCUUCAUCCAACUUGGAAUACCCUCACAAAAGACCCGAAAGCGUUACGUCCAACACCAGCUCCACAAGAAGCCGCCUUCGAGAACUUGUUGAAAGGAAAUCGAAUCAGGAAGAGCACAAAACCGCAGCAAACACCGUCGGUGAUAUCCAGUAUUUUGAAAAUCCUACGGAAACUUUAGAGUUCGAUAAACGGAGAAAUUCACUCGAAUCCAAAAAGAGUCAAGAAGAACGGCCCAAGAAACGGAAGCUAACUAAAUCUAAGGAAAAGGAUAAGGAAACUUGCGAGAAUAAGAACAAAAAACACGAGAAAUACCAAAGUAAAUUAGCCGAAUAUUAUAAGCUUCCUGUUCAAUUGCCACAAGACGAGUUUUACCAACAUUUGACACGGUCUAAAGCCGCGGAAGAACUGCUUCAGAAACGAUUUUCAAACUCUGAUACCGAAUUCAACGGCAGUUAUGGUAGACUGUGUAAACACAAAGAACCAGAAGGUUUCAAUUUACGUCGUAGCCGAAGUUUAGCAGUUAUCAGAGAAGAGACUUUCACUGAUCUACAGAUUCAAAACCACGCCAAGAGCAAGCGGUCUCAACUCAUACCUCGAGCUCGCUUAUUCGACAAACCUUGCUUUAAAGACAGGUUGCCGGGACGUGCUAAAUACCAAACCAAAGAAGAAGUAUUGGAAGGCAUUUACAUUGACAGCACUGCAUCUUGUUUUGGAGCUAUAAACGGUCAAAGAGAGAACGAAAAUCACGUUGAAAACGCCGAUCGAAAAUCUGAAAAAGAAGACACCGUAUCACGAAACGAAAGUCACCAUUCAAGAUCAAUUAGUGGUAGCUGGCCCAAUUUGAACGACGACUUGAAACCAACCAAUCUCUCCGAAGAUAGCAUUGGACACUCUCGUAAUCCUAGCGAGAUAGACAGCUUAGAUUCAAAUUACGUAAGAAAGCAUUAUAAUUUUGAAGCUCAUCUUAAAAAUUACAAAGACAGUUCUCCAGACUCUGAGCGGUCUGUUGUUACCCCGGAUCGUAACAAAUCUCUUUACAUAACAGAUCACGACACAGACCAAGAAGACAGAGAUCGGUCUAAAAAUAAUACUCCUAAAUCAUUUACCAACGACAGUUUAUCGAUCACUCAUAGCGAUAAGGAUAAAAAGGAUUUAGCCGAGCUUGAGCAUGUAAAUAACCCAGACUCGUAUGACGAGAUUUCUAUUAAGAGUAAGAGGAGUGAAGCACCCAGAAUCCCCGAGUCUGAAGAUAUAAACCUCCAAAUCAAGGAUACGCAAAUAAAGGACGCAGAAACGCAGUCCGUAGUAUCCGAAAACGACGGCACAAUAUCGAGUCCGCCAGACAGCAUCACUUCGUACAUAUCAAUCUCGAUAGCAUCGUCUACAGACAAAUCACAUAAACUAGAAUACUUAGCUAACUCGCUAGCAGAAAAGAUCGACGAAUACUGCGAGUCACAAUUUAAAGAAAACGCGUCUGUCGCUUCACAUACUAUAAAUUCAGAAAACAAUAAUACUGAGAGCGAUCCCAUUUACACACAAGUUAAUAAAAAGAAAACAUUUGCUGACAUCCGGCGAGACUCAUUCUUGAGUAAUAAAAGUAACAUAUUUAACGAGAUACCGAAAAAAACUAACAACGAAGUAUUUGUAACUAACACGUACAUAGAGAGCGAUAACUAUUCUACUAAAAGCAACUGCACUUCAUCUAAAAAUAUAACCACAGAACCAUUUGUAACAACUUUAAUAGAAAAUCAAUACUAUUCUUUACCUGAUAUUAAUAUAGGCAAAUGUUUAAGAAAAUCUGAAAGAAUUGACGCUCAACUGCGCGAAGAAGAUCAAGAAGAUAUACCUUGUGAAAAUACUUAUGAAAUAGCCCAAACGCAUUUCCGAGAAAUUUUGUCUACUAAAGGUAAUGAAAAUUACGGUCAGUUAAACAAAACGAAUGUCAUUAACAAUCAUAAUAUUUCCAAUAAAACUAGUGUCUACCUACCAGACUAUAGAGAACCACAAAUAAUACAAAGUUUUACUAAACUAGAAGACGACUUGAAGUCUAUAAUUACUGUAGACAGUUCUAACGCAGAUGACAAAGAUCCGAAUUUCUUUAGAUCAGAUUCUCAUCAAAACGAAAGGGAAAUAAAUGAAAUUGAAGGUACUAUUCGAAAUAAUAAACUUAUCACUAAGUCAGAAAGUUUAAAACUGACAACUAAUUCAAUAUACAGACCUGAAAUUAAUAUAGCAAAAUCGUUUUCACACGACAAUAUCAACAAAUCUGCCUACGAAAAAAAAGGACGGCAAGGAAUACGAAAACAUUAUUCAUUGCGACAACGUGAUCCUGCUGACGAUGAUAUUCAUCGUUUACCAAGCCCAGGUACCGUUGAACGACAUGUAACCAGACCUUGUGAGUCGACUGUCAAAAGUUUAGUCAGUGUUGGGGAAGGUAACACUACCCCAUUAUUAUCUCGCGUACAGUCUUUUAAAACAUCUGCUGAAUCAAACAUAGCUAUCGUGCCAUUGAGUGGCCACCAAACUAUUGUGAUCGAUCCGCCUCUCACUCAGGAUUUGAAAGAAAAGAGUGUAAAACCAAUCGCGAAAUCAGAAGUGAAAACAAAUCAAUUAAAGGCCAAUAUAGACAAUCUGUCGAGAAAGGAAUCAAUUAAACCGGCCCAAGAAAGUCUAAACGAUAAGAAUAAAGAAGGAAAAACCAAAAACGGAUUAGUGGAUAAUUCUAGCUACUGGAUUCCCAAAGAUCCUUUCAUAACAAUCAAAUUAAACAAAGUUGUGAAGACAACCAUUCCGAAACUGAAAAAAGAUAGCAGUGAAAGAAUUGCCAGUGUGCAAUAUAAAUUUGAAAAACCACCGCCCAGAUUAAUAAUUAAAGACAAUAAGCAAACAGAAGACAAGGAAAACGUACACACUGUUAAGGAAAACCCUAAUAUGACCCGACCACAAAUUUUACAAGUGACAGACUCGAAAAACAAAAAGCAAAGUGACUCCACAAAACUAGAAACUAAGAAAAAAGUAAUGGCGGAAAAUACAGAAGUCGUGCAUACGACGAAAUCAGAAAUUAUGAGCGAGUCUAAAGAAGAAAUAAGGGAAAUAAAAAGCGAUAAUACUGUCAAAGAAAAAUUAAAUAAUGCUAUUAAGACUGACAUUGAAUAUCAGGAAAAACUGCAUUCAGUCAAAAAUUAUUGGUCAAAACUGAUCGACAAAUCACCAGAAACUAAAGACAACGGCAGAACCGAAUGUAAACUUAAGACCAAUGAAAAUGUUGAAGCGGAAGCUGUGGUUGAAUCUGAGAAAGGUACUCCGGAAGAACCUAAUUGUUCAACAGAAAUUUCAGUAUGUAACAUUAUUAAGUCUUUAGAAAGUGUCAAAAUUGUGGACAGCAUUCGGAAAUUGAGUCAAACCAAAAUACAACUAUGGAAAGAUGAAUCAGAAAAAGUUAAAAGCGACUCUGAAAUCGAAGAGACAGCUGUUAAGAAGAUUGUUAAGGAUUGCGAAAGUAACAUUUAUGAGAAACCGACAAUAAAAAAUAAAAAAACUGAACUAGAUCUAUGUCGAGACACUCCUGAGAUUGAAAUAGUAGAGUUGAGUUGCGAUGACAAUCAAAAUCAAAAGACUCAAGCGACACUUAUAAAAGCAAAAGGAUUUGAUAAAGAGUGUGAUGAGUUCGAUCACGUGCGAUAUAAAGUAAUGAAAUCGGAACUAUUUAAAAAUAGCAUGAUCGCUAAUUACCGAAAAGAGGCUCAAUUUGACGGCUUACUGCAAUACUUGCAAGAUUACAGCUUUCAGGAGUUAUUAGUGAACAAUAAUAUAGUUAUUAUUGAACCUGUCAGAACUAAAAUUGAACCAGUACCUCGAAACCAAAGUAACUCGGAUACUCGUAAGAUACCGCCAACAUUACUAAAGAAAAACGACAAUUCUUGCAGUCAUGUUGACCGUUCUAAAAAUGCAAUUCGUCGACAUUUCUUUUAUCAUCCCAUACGUGUCAACAAAGAAAUCAUUGAAGAAGAAUUACCAAAUCCUGAUACAGUAAAAAAAGUACGUAACUUAUUUGAGGAUACUCUUAAAAUGAAGAGUCCGAUGACCAUGAUACAAGAUCCACCUUUAGUUGAAGAGAAUGUGGGUUUAACAAGACGUGCAACCUCUUACCGAAACCUUAAUGAAGAAUCGAAGAACAGCAAAAUUGGAGGUAGAAAGAAAGUUAUACGACAACUUACAAUCGAGACAAACUUUGGUAAUAAAAAAUGGGAUAACGCCAGUCUUUCGAGUGGAGUAUCUAGCGGAGAUCUAAGUUCAAACAACGACUAUGAAAACGACGCCUUAAGCCCAUACUCAAACAAAAAUCUAAAAGACAACGUAUAUAGUUCCAGUGAUGAGUAUCUUUGUGAUUCUGUCAGCCACGAUUUCUGUUGUGAAAGUCAAUAUGUAAGCCCGGACAUUAUGAAAAAGAUUCGAGAGUGUGGUACGUCCGUCACUUAUUACGGAGGAAAGGUAUUAAACUCGAAACCUGGUUCAACAGUUAGUCCGAUGACUAAAGCCAUAAUGGAAGAAAUAAAAGGAUUACAGAAGAAUUGCAGCCGAGACUGUUAUUCCUGUCAGACAAAAUGCCGGGGUGACAAAUGUUCUUGUUUGGCGGCCGAUAAACACAAACCAGUAGUUUCUGACAAGCAAAGCUCUAAUGCGUCAUCGGACUCUGGAAACCCCGAUCCUGACAAAAACAAGCGUUCAGAAAAUUUCCCUAAUUUUAAAUUCAAACUAGUGAAAUCGAACAGUUGCAGCAGUAGACUUGAACUGACUGGUACCGACGAUAAUAAAAACCCUCGUAUGAAAUACAGAUCACCAAGCAAGCAACGGAAGGCUGAUGAUCCUCCACUUAUGAAUGACGACGAAAACUCUGUAAAGAACAAAAUAUGCCGUCUCGAGAGUUACAAUAAGGGUAUCGCCAAAACUCCAUUUGAAAAGAAAGACAACGAAGACAAUAAAAUUAAGCACGCUCCUUCAAUAAAUAAUAAAUUGAAUGACACUAUCUUGAAGCAUAACAUUGUACAUCCACAACAAGGUAUACCAACGAUCCCGCCCAAAAACGAACAAGAACCUGAAAUUGUAGAUAACAAAAAUGUAACACCGUUUGACUCGAAGCCUACAGAUCCGCACAGUUUUGAAAAGAAGUAUUAUUACGUGAAUGAGAAUUUAGAACAGAGCAAAAUUCCACCGGGAAAGUUCGGUGAAAUGGUGUUCGAAGAAUUCGAAGUUUUAGAAUCCUGUUACGAUAGUUUAAACAGCAAUAAAUCAUUAAAAUGAUUAACUUUUACCUAUAAGCUUUUGCUUACAUAAAUUGUGAUCUGUUUUCAAUUAAUGCUAUUAAAUUAUUGCUUGUAAAUUUAGUAUAUUGUUAUAAAUAAUAUCUAGCUUAUUUGUAUUUAAUUUAGUUUAUGUCCCUAUUAUGUAGAUGCGUCUAAUAUAACAUUUCGAAUUGAAGAAUACCGUAGUCUUGGUGAUGGCUUCUUUGUAUUAAAAUAUAACUGAGUAGUUUCAAUGUGUUUUCUUGUCCAUUUUCUCUAAAGAAAACCUUACCGU